GCUACCGUAAGCUAUUUCUUGACUUGACUUCAUAGGAAAUGGAUACAAUUACUCAUAAAUUAGACGGAACAAAGGGGAAUUAAUUCUCCGAGUGCGAACACAGGCUCUGAAGACGAAUUUGAUCCCAAUAAUAUGGAAACAGUGUUUAUACAACAAGAAUCAAACCACUCUGAAUCUCCGAGGCUCCUAAACAGCUCCGUCUCUCCUCAAGUGACAGAGUCGAUAACUCAAAAUUUCAACCCGAAAAACACUGCUUUGGAUGAAGUGAAAGACUUUGACAUAAGUAAUAUACAGAACGACGUUGAUGAUCAACUGGAGGAUGUCCGACGAACAAAGAGAAUGCGCCAAAUUACACCUACCGCAGUGCAUUCCAGUGAGAAUAGCUCGCACAUCCUGUCCAAAGGAAAGAGGAAAGCUGCACCUCAGCCAUUGGGUGACAAAGAUUACCUGUCUCAGAUUGAGAAUGCCCACCUCAAGAAUGCCAUACAUUACACCAUACACCCACCACCCCCAGACGGGUUCUACGUCCCACGCGUCUUCAUAGCAGACACUUACGGUGGCAGCGCCUAUCAGUUUCUCCAAACACUCAAGACUCGCAAUAUCAAAUGUGUAUGGCCUAAAAAGUGCCUGAAUCCCCUCGUUGUGGACGCCCCUGGUGCCCCUGGGCUGAUGUUCGCCUCGAGGCUCGAAAUAGUGGAGAGCAAGCCCUGGCAUGUGUUUGGUGAACGGCAGGUCGAGAAGCAAACUCGCUGGGAGUACAUGGGAAAAUACGAGAGUGUUGUUUCGGGCCGUAUUGAAGCAGAGGAAUUCGCUGGACAGUCGGAAGAGGUGAAGACGCAAUGGGGAAAGCUCUUGCUGAGUAGUAAGAAGGCAGACGCGUAUGUUGCUAUGCGGGCAAGAAUUGCGCUGAAGAAGCAUGGUCUACGGAUCGACGAUGAUAGCGUGGAUAGGGAGAUGGAAGCUAUAACGAAGAAGAUGAGAAAGAGGCCAGUAUAUAAGGAGAUGACGAAGGACGAGAAACGGCAGUUGAUGAAGGAAAUCAAGGCUCGCAAGCCAUUGGCAAUCACUGCUGAAGAGAUCGUUGAUGCCUUUUGCAGCGGUGAUGAGCAUAUCAAAAUUCUGCGAAUGGAAUGUGUUGGUUAUGACCAUGUAUUUGUGAAGGACAUGCAAGAGAAGCUGCCGCACUGGAACCCGAAGUCUGAGGCUACGGGUCAAAAGACUGCAGGCAGGGUGCCCGAGUCAGAAACCGAGGAUGAUACUGGACCUACUCCUCUCCGUAGGACUCCAAGGCAGAGAAAGAGAUCUAUUCGUCUGCGAGAGUUGAUAAACGAGGAACAGGAAGAUGAAGAGGAGGGGGAACCAGAGGAUGAAGGCGAAAAUUCUGACGGAGAUUCCGAUUAUGAGUACUAACGGAUGAUUUUGGUGAGCGGCAUUUUGUUACAAGUACAUGUAUGUUGCUU